GUUGGUCUUGAGCGUUUCUCACAGAAAGCAGCCACGUGCAGCCGACUGCACGGCCUGCUGUGUUAAUGGCUGGGAUGCACAGGGCUGCAGCGCUGGCGUUCUGCUGGAUCUGCUCUUCCUUCCCACAGUGACAGCGGAACGCGGCAGAAAGCGCAGCGAGGCGGCAGAGCAGCAAGGAGCUGACGUACAGAGCGCGGGCUGUGGGGAGAAAAGCAAGAGGAGAAAGAGGGCACCGGGUGUUGGUGUUCCCCCGGACUGCCACGUGGAUCGGUUCAUUCAGUGGCAUCAAGGCUGGACCUGCUUGCAGCGGCUUUGGACACCUCGCCCACGGGAUGGAUGCAUUGCUGUACAACUCCCCAGUGGCCGGGAGAGCUUCUCCAGAUGCUCAUUGCCAACGGGGCUCCCCCGUGAGUGCGGAUCUGGGUGAUGGUGAGGUGUGCGGGCGCUUGGUGAUGUGUCUUUCUGAAUCACGGAGCUCGUGUAGCAACGAUUAGGCCCGCUGCCUUGCUUAUUUCCUUCACUGUUAAGCUUCUCUUUUGGCUUUAGACACUGCUUUAUUUUUUGGUAGCAUUUUGUACUAGGCAGUAAAAUAAGCCUAUCCCUUACGUUGGUGUCUUUGCCCUUCCCGCUGACGCCGUUGAUUGGCACCACGACAUUAGCACACGAUGGGCACGUAACUUGGACGUGGGGGACGUGACUUGAAAGGCCAGCAUCAGGAAGGUCUCCUUUGGAGAGAGACGUAGAGAUUUGGGCUUGUUGAGCGCGGAGAACAGAAGGCUCUGGGGAGGCCGCGUGGCUGCCUUUCGGAACGCGGGGCCUCAAAGAUCACCUAGUUCCAACCGCCUGCAGCGGCCAACAGCGAGCUCAGGCUCUAGGUCAGGUUGCUGAGGGUGCCACCCAGGCUGAACUGGAACACCCGUCGGGACGGGGCGUGCACAGCGUCUGUGUGUGGGCAGCCUGUGCCAGCACCUCACCACUGGGCUGUAAGCAGCCCAGUGCCCGCUGCACACCGAUGUUGGGUUGCUGUGAGCAAUGGGUGCCCGCCCGGGGCCGGGCCGCUCGGCGGGGCAGGGGGCGGCAGCGGGGCAGGCUGGGCCAGGCUGCGGGUUGGACGCGCGUGGAAGAGGAGAUCCCCUCUCCCUGCCGGUGACCUAACAGAGCUCCAGGUGACGCGGGCUGAUGUCACAAUGGGAUGCACUGCAUCACAAGGAUGUGUUUCCUGGGGCAGCGGCAGUGCCGGCACUUCCCUGCAAGGCCUGGGCGCUGCUGGAGCACUGCUCAGGGGCUCUGUCCUUCUGUGGCCAGGAGUCAGGUCAGGGGCAGCAAGGCUGCACCGGGCGACCCUCGGUGACGCGUGGAGGAGCAGGGGCACUUUGCAGAGAACUGUUGGUUGAGGAGCCAGGGAGGGCAUCCUUAGCUGCGAGCCGAGGGCUGCCGGCAAGCGACAUGGAAGGCUGCUGGACUGUGACCAUCAGCUCGGAGCUGGUCUACACGUUCCCAACGCUCCUGCAUCUCUCUGCCGAAGAGAUUGUGGCGAUCUGGGAUGCUGUGUCUGAUUACAUCCUGGAACAGAUGAAGCUGGACAAGGGAGUCCUGGUCCCGGGACUCGGGCUCUUUGCUGCGGUCCGAGAGCAAUUCCACAGCAAAGAAGUGGCGGUGUCGGUCCGAAGACCUGUCUUCCAGCUGGACAUCGGGGUGCUGUGGCUGCAGGACCUCCAGUCGCCCACCGACAUCAUCCCCGACGAUGUCAAGAUUGAGCGGCUGAACUACCGGCAGCUCUCGCGAGCCACCGGCAUCUCGCUGCACGUGGUGCAGCGCUGCGUGCGAGAGACCGUCCUCUUGUACUGUCACCUCCUGAGGAACAAGGCGCACGUCUCAUUCGCCUUCAAGAACAUCGGCGUUAUGACGUACGAGGACGACUUCCUCUGCAUGAGGUUCUUGUCCAGCUGCAUUACAACGCUGGAGAGCAAUGCCAGCCUGACUGCACUGCUCCACACUAGAAUUUGGCCGGCCCGUUCUGCUGACUUCGGGUCAGAGACUACCGCUCAUGGAAUCCAGGUGUUGCCGAGGUGAGUGCAUUUCCUCUGCAGCACUUAGCUGGCC